AAGAAAUUACGGAUCAGGCUGAGCGAAUGCUCUUGGAGGUGGACGAGCAAACUCCUACAGAAAAUUUCCAAAGAACAGUAAUGGCGAUGUUGCGGCAACAUGGCCAAAUGUUGCAACGUUUGCAACAACAGCAGCAACAGCCGCAACAAUUGCAACAGCAGCCGCCACAGCAGCCGCCACAGCAGCCGCCACCGCAGCCGCCCCAGCAGCCGCCCCAGCAGCCACCCCAGCAGCCGCUCCAGCAGCCGCCCCAGCAGCCGCCCCAGCAACCGCCACAGCAGCCGCCACAGCAACCGCAAUUGCAGCUGCAACAAUCGCAGUUGCAAUCGCAGCAGCAGCAGCCAAAUG